AUGGCGGUUCAAGAAUCCUCUUCAAACCCCGUGGCAGCGGUAGAGUCCUCGGACAAGACCAAUCCUCCUGCCCCAACUGGCUCAUCGAAGCCGAACCCGGCGCCCAAGAAAGGAAAAGACAAGAAGAUAUUCAGUUGUCAUUCGUGCCGACGGCGGAAGCUCAAAUGCGAUCGUUUUGACCCAUGCGGUGCCUGUCAGGCACGAGGACAGGGCCAUCUGUGUACGUGGGAAGAAGGACAAAGACCAGAACCAAACCACCGGGAAAGCCUCGAGCAACUGACGAAGAUGAUUCUCAAAUUAACGGAGGAGGUUCAGGAGCUCAAAACGUUGAAUUCGACUUUAAUUCAGAACAGCAAAAGUAAGAACAAGGAUCUUGCGGAAUUUCUGGACUUGAAUUCGCCGGAAUACCGACCUUCAUCCCGCGGGGGUUCGGGAAGCAGGGGCAGCAUGCCUGCAGGUCACAUCGGCUGGGACUUACCAUAUCAAAACCCCGGCCUCAAUCAAUGGACAGCAUCACAGUUAAUCGCAUUACUGCCCGAGAGUCAAUUACUUCGGGGUUUAUUUUCGCAUUACAUCUCCGCUGCUGCACCACUGACAGGGUUUAUCGAUGUACACCAACUCAGCUGCGACAUUGAGGAGGUUGAGUAUCUUCGACAGGGCAUGGAAAUUGCCAGCUCCCCCACCUCGCGGGAACAUCUCGACGUCAAGGUUUCCAGGAUCCUAGCGGUCGCCAGUCUCGCGACCGUCGACCUUAUUCCCGGGAAAGCACAGGAGCUGGGACUCGCGAAUACAAACAUCGACGCCAUGGCCCGCGAUUUAUGGAAAGCGUCGCGUACACUGAUAUCGCCUUCAGACUUGGACUCGUUCCAGCCCCCUGCCAAACCAAUCCUUGCUGAAGUACGAGCACCGCCGCCCCUCAAGAUGAACAGGGAUCUCGCGCAACAGGGCGGAACUUCUACCACUGUAGUCUCGGAUAUUCCGCUGCAGAUUGUGUCUAUCAAGAUUCUUCUCUUGAUGGCUGCGCGAUCUUUUGCCGCACCAUCUGAGUACCUCAAACUCCACUUGGACGUCAUCUCUUCCGCCAUCGACGCCUCGCUCGAUAGCCCCUCGGACGAGGGAUGCUCUCUUCUUGAUCGCGAGCUGCGCUGGCAACUCUGGUCUUUCAUCUGCUUGCUAGACUGGACUUCUCCGGGCAUCUACCACAACAGCAGCUAUUUCAUUCGACCGGAGAUGCACCACCAACCACCUUCCAAAGUCGCCGGCCUUCCAGACGACGGGUCUUUCCCGCCCGCCAUAGAGCAAGAACACCGGGAUCGACUCAGCCAGACAAGACAUUAUCUAGAGUACGGACUGGCUUUGGCUCAUCUCUCGCGUCGCGCAGAGGACUGCAUCAACCGUCCGGGACCCGUGUCUCCCGCCCAGGCGGCGGAGCUCUGCACCAAGCUAGAUGCCCUCGACAACAAACUCUCCUUCUAUCAAUUACUUGGCGGCACUCUUCCCGAUGGCAGCACUUUCAAUGCCGGCGCUAUGGCGGUCGAUCCCUCCUCCACCACCACCGGAGACCUCGUCACCGACAAGCACAGUGCCGAGCAGCGACUGUCUCUGGCCCAGGCCCCCAUGAUUCAAAAUAUGCACCUGAGUCUUGAGCUCGGUCUCAUCCGAUUCAAACUCUUCCGCCACGAGGCGUUCCACCUCAUGCAUGCGCCCAAUACUUCGGUGACUCUACGCAUGAUGUGCAUGGACGCUUGCAUGGACUCCUGCAUCGUCGUGCUCGAACAAUGUUGGAAUAUCGGCAAUCGUGACGUUCCCGGUGUUCAGGCGCAGGUGCAGGUGCAAGCUCAGUCACAGAUACCGCUGGACCCGAGCAGAGAGAUGCGUACCUGUACGGGAAGUCUGCGACGAGUCCUGCAACCGACCUCGGCGGCGGCGCUGGUGGGGCAGGUUCUGUUACACGCUGCGCGAGCCGUAGACGGAAUAGGGACAGGGAUAGGAGCCGUACCCACAACUGGACCGGGCCCAGGGCAAGUGCAAGGUAAGGAUUUUCAGGGAGAUAUGGGGGUCACGUCAAGGUGGAACUCGGCAACUGAGUUCUUUGCGUUUGCGCAGGGGGCGGGGGAUUUUGAGGCUGCGAGUGCGAGUAUGCCAACGCAAGGGCCUUAUGCGGCGGCGGGUGGUUCGUGGGGCGGGUGGACCAGUGGGGAGAAGAUGAAAGUGUUGCAAUGGCACAUUAACAAGGUGCUAGGCCUGUUGGAGGCGUUGCAGGGAACUUCAUCCUUGGCGCAGUACAAGCUCAGUUUACAUCGGCAGUGUAUGUAG